AUGACGAUGCGAAGUUUAGGUGCUGCAUGGCCACCUUUGCUGCAUGCAGUGCGCCGCACUUCACAUCAAGGAGCGGCUGCGGCCGCCCCGCCAGGGGCAGAACGCAUUGGUGCGGGCAUUGGACGGCUCUCAAAUCUCGUUCUCGAGCGGGGUGAAGGCAGUUGGGUCUACACAGCUGAUGGGGAGAAGUACUUGGAUUUCUCCACAGGCAUUGGAGUCACGAACUUGGGCCACUGCCAUCCUCACGUGACGGAAGCUGUCCGCCAGCAGAUUGGAAAGCUAUGGCACGCCCAGGUGAAUAUUGCCUAUCACAGCCAGAUGCUUAAACUCACGGAGAAGUUGGAGAAGGUGAUGCCGGGCGACGGUGGUUUGACGAGCUUCCUGUUUGUCACCACCGGCUCCGAAGCCGUUGAGGCGGCGGUGAAACUGGCCAGGCAUGCCACCAAAAAACCCAACGUCAUUGUGUUUCAGGGAGGUUACCAUGGUCGAACACUCCUCACGAUGAGUAUGACAACAAGUGGCACCAAGUACCGUGCAGGAUAUGGACCCCAUGCUGCAGGUAUCUUUGUCGCCCCGCACCCCUUCUUUGCGCUCCGUGAGCAGAGUGAAGCUGAUCAUGCAGCUUGGGCAGUGGAGCAAUUGGAGAUGAUGUUGCUCCAGCAGACGGCACCGAGCGAGACCGCUGCUGUGGUAUUGGAACCCGUACUGGGCGAAGGGGGCUAUGUGCCACCGGCGCCUGGCUUGCUGCAAGGCAUCCGGGACUUUUGUGAUCGGCAUGAGAUACUUUUCAUUGCAGAUGAAGUGCAGAGUGGGUUCGGCCGCACGGGCCGCAUGUUCGCGGUGGACCACGAUGGGGUGUGCCCCGACAUCCUGGUCUUUGCGAAAGGGGUGGCUUCGGGGUUCCCUUUGGCGGGGAUUGCCUCACGCAGGGAGCUCACUUCCACCCAACCUGCUGGUAGCCAAGGAGGAACCUACGCAGGCAAUGCUGUAGCCUGUGCAGCUGCUAAUGCCACGCCUGGGACUGGGAUUUUCACUGGGUCGUGGCGUGGGGCGCAUGUUCUCAGCUUAUUGAGAUGA